UUCACAACUGAAUCCAUUCGCUGCGUUACAGCGUGUCACCAACAUGGACUAUACUCUGCCAGUCUCCAGUUUUGAUUCUCUUCUCCUCAAGCUCGUCAACGUCUUGGAAUUAAGUCAGCGGCCAGAAGGAACCGCUACACACCAAGCCAGGCAGGCUUUGUUACAGGCCACAAACGAUUUCAAGGAUAGUCUAGCUCGCGCAAGGGAGUUGGCCGAUGGCCUCCCGGGUGGCGAAUUGCUGAUACAGGAGCAAGACGAGCUUAUUGACAUGUUGCAAUCCCUGAAGGAACAAAAGCGUCAACAACUUGCCGCGUUUUCACAGAAGGUGUUCGUCACUUCCAAGGCGGGCGACUCGAAGAUGGAUCUUGACUCAACCGCGUCCACACCCUUCCUGCGUGGCGAAUCUGUUGUAUAAGAUACUCCGUCGCAAAUGAUGCUCGCUCGAGGCCCGAUAUUGAUCAGGGUUAAAUCUUGGACCAGUCCAGCGUUCCUCGGUAUCGACGUCAAUGUAGUCAGCCGCCGGUGUGACUAUGCCUUCGAACGUCGUGUCCCGUUCAAAGGUUCCCGUCUUUCUCGUCCUUCCUGUGUUCCAGUAGCUACUUCUAUCUAGGCCUUGACGGUCUUUUUUCUUCUCGAGGCCGG